AAUAAAACACAACCCAAGAAGCAAAUUUUGGAAAUAACGACGCGGGAAGUGCAGGCAAUAAUAUAUUAUUAUUAAAUUCGUACGACAAAUGUUGCAAAUGGCCGCCAUUUACGGUUUUACUAACGCCACGUUUUAUUACGGAAUAAAUUCAUCACUGUGCCUUCACGUCGAAACCAGACACUUGAUCGAACUCUUGUUACGCUUGAUUGAACCAGAAACCUCGGUUCCAUAUCGUUCACAAACAAUUCUGCCAAUGUUAAUUAACAUGUUGUUAAAGGUUGCAGACUAUUUGUGCAGAGAGUGCCUUGUUUAUUCUACAGAAUAAUGCUGUUAAAGACUCGCGUGCUAAUUAGUAUCCUAAACGUCGUAUAUCGAAUAUUAAAAUGGAUUUACAUGUUUAUCUACAAGAAAUCAUCACAAAAUAUACCACCUGCAACGAAUCCCUUAUUUACAUUAAGCGCUACUAUGCUAGCUAAAAAAAUUAGACAAAGAGAAAUAUCAAGCUACGAGGUAGUGAACGAAUAUAUAGAGCGAAUUAAGGAAGUGAAUUGUCAUUUAAAUGCCGUUGUUGACAAUCGAUUCGAGGAGGCCAUAAUUGAGGCAAAAGUCUGCGACGAACAAUUAAAAACUGAAAAAUUUGAUACCGAAACUUUAGAAAAGGAAAAGCCGCUUUUUGGUGUGCCGUUCACUGUCAAAGAAUGUAUCGCUGUCAAAGGAUGCAGUUAUACUGGUAGCUGUAUAGAUCGCAAAGGAAUAAAAGCGACUCGCGACGCCGUGAUCAUCGAAUUAAUCCGAAAUGCUGGCGGAAUCCCAGUAUGCGUCACAAACACUCCAGAGUUGUGUGCCGGGAUAGACACCACGAAUUUUUUGUACGGACACACUUAUAAUGCAUAUGAUAGUAGGUUCACGGCUGGCGGAUCAUCUGGCGGAGAGUGUGCGUUACUCGGAGCAGGUGCUUCUUUAAUUGGAAUUGGUUCGGAUAUAGCUGGUUCUGUACGAUUCCCAGCUCUGUUCAACGGUGUUUUUGGGCACAAACCUACGUCUGGAAUUAUUUCAACUGAAGGACACCUACCAACGUGUGAGGAUAUAGUCUUUUUAAAACUUUUGACCUUUGGUCCGAUGACCAGAUACGCGGAGGACCUCGGUCUGUUAAUAAAAGUGCUAACGUCAAAAUGUGAACAUAACUUGCGUUUGAAUGUGCCGGUGGACUUGAAGCAAUUAAAGGUCUACUAUUUGCAAGCCUUGGACAAUUCGUUAGGCUUGUUGCCGGUAUCGUCGGAAAUCAAAGAAUGUAUACUGAAAGCCGCAAAUCAUUUCAAAAACCAUGGUAUUUAUACGGAGCAGUUACCAAUAGAUUGGCCUUCAAGUGUCGUUGAAAUUACAUUUGCUGGACUUUCCAAAAUAAAGAACCCUUUUUCCUUGCUAAAAGACAUAAAUCAUUCUAAGCUCCAAAAGCAUAUAGUCGCUGAAUUCGGGAAAGCUUUACUUGGCAACUCGUCAUACACGAUAUCAAUGCUUUUAGCCAUCAUAAUGCUACAGAAACAUCUUCCAUUUUCGAAGUCAGAAUUAUCUUAUUACACAGAGAAAGAAGAAGCGCUUCGGCAAAAACUGCUGAAUUUGUUGGGAGAGGACGGGGUAUUUAUUUAUCCAACAUUCCGAAACUCGGCGGUUCUUCCGUGUCUUGACCUUUGCGAAAUACUCGGUAUUGCGUAUUGCGCUAUUUUCAAUGUUUUUGGCUUUCCCGCAACGCAAGUGCCAAUGGGACUCAAUCGCAAUGGAUCACCUAUUGGUGUUCAGGUGAUAGCAGCGCCUUCUCAAGAUCGCCUUUGCUUGGCGAUUGCGCAAGAAUUGGAAAGUGCUUUCGGCGGCUGGGUACCGCCGUCGGCAACAGCACGCGAUUAACAAAUUGGGAUAAUUAAUUUUAUAACUAACAGAUAUAGUUAUUUUAUUGCCGCUAAAGACAGUGAACUGUGAAGUCUGCACAAGUAUUUGCACAAGUGUGAAAUCUGUAUAAGAAAUACACAUAUAUUUUCAUACUUGUGUUCUCGAACAUUCUCAUUUUUAAGUUUAAGAAAAUUUUCUUCUAUAUUUCU